CAGUUGAAGUCACAAAGUAUUGAAAACGGCAAGGUUGAUAUGGGAACAGGAGGCUGUUGUGAGAUGGGGCUCAAAUAGGAAAAAGUCUAGGGGUGAAGGAGUGGGGCAAAGUGUAAUUUGGGGAACCAAGCAGGGGCCUGGAGCUAUCUCCAUCUUCAGCUCCAGAGUCCUUGGUUUCUGUCUGAGAACAAAUGGCACAGCAUCCCUGCCAGGAUCAGGAACAAAAGGCAGAAAUGACCUCCAAGCAGCAGAGAAGAGUUCUCAAAGGGCUUCCACAACAGUCAAGAUACUUGGAAGAUGAGGAAAGACAGGUAACCAUCACUGAAACCCUGUGGGACCAGCUGCUGACAGUUUUUAAGGAUAUACAAAAGGAGCUGCAGGAAGAUGCUCGGAUUCGAGGUAAAACAGUACCAUUCCAAGGUUUGGGGAUGAGCAACUGCUCCGUGACACCCAUGACAUCAGCACCCAGGACUGGAAGCAUAAGGCCUCCAGAUUCCUUGAUGACCCCAAAGUUGAGAAGAUUGCAGUUCAGCUCUGGAGAGCAGCCAUCAGGAGGCCGUGUCCACAACCUGAAGACACAGCUCUUCAGUCAAUCAGCUUACUACCCUGGACCCUAACUCUACAAUCAAGGAAGAAGGACAUCUCUGCUUCAGCCAGCACAGCUUCAGUGGGGAAGAUAUUAGCAGACAUCAUCACUGAACCCAGAAGAGAGGGUGGUGCCCAUGAGUGGAGAUGCCAGGGUCUAUGGCUGAAACUGGGAACUUGGAAAUCAAGUGAGACCCAAGCAAGGAAACCAACUGCCAAAGCAAGGAAACCAGCUUGGUUUGGCAAACAGCUGAUGAAAUAAAUGUGACGUAAAAGA